AUGAAUUUUUUAUCCUCUAAUAAAAACAAUAUAAGAAGUACGAAGUCUGAAGUAAUAGCAAAGGUAAAGGUUGAUAAUAAGAGUAAUAAUAAUGAGAAUUAUAUAAAUGAGGAGGUUGAAAGUAUGAGAUAUAAUAAUUAUAACAUUAAUAGUAUGAAUCAUAGUAAUAGUAACCUUAUGAAUAAUAAUGUGAGUAAUAAUAUAAAUAAUAAUGUGAAUAAUAAUAUAAAUGACCAUGUUAUGAAUAAGCACAAUAUUAAUCAUAAUAACAAUUUAAAUUUUAUAAUUGAUGAUAAUAAUAUAAAUAAUCAUAAUGAUAUUGACAAGAGGUCUGAAAUAUAUUAUUCAAAUAAAGCUUAUGAUCCGCAAUAUUUAUAUAAUAGUAAUAAACUUUCAAGUAAUAUAAAAAUAACAAGAAAUCAUACCACAGCUCAUCGAAUGAUAUCUCCACGUAGAGAAUCGAUAAAUUUAUUUUCAUCCAAAAUAAAUAGGACUUCUAAUAUCUAUAGAAAUUAUGAUGAUAAGUUAGCAUAUGCAUCAUUAUAUGCUUCAAAUAAUAAAAAAAAGAAUACUUUAGAUAAAAUAUCCAUUCCUGAAUCUAAUGAUAGUUUUAAAACACAAACAAAUUCACAAAUUGUUGAACAAUCUAUUGAAUUAUUAAAACAUUUGAUGAAUCAGGAUCGACGUAGUAUUUCUUCCGUACAUGAAAGUGAAAGGAAAAAUAAACUGAUGUAUAAAUUGAUUGAUAAUAUGAAAAGAUAUGGAGAUAAAAAUGAACCUUCUCACAUUAACAACAACAACAAUAAUAAUAAUAAUAAUAAUAAUAAUGAAGAAUAUAAUAACUCUAUAGAUUUGUAUAAAAAAAAAAUUGAUAUGUUAAAUUUAAAAUUCCUUAAAUUAAAAAAUGAAUAUACUCAUGCAAAUAAUGAAAAUAUUAUUUUAAAAAAACAAAUAAAAUGUAUGAAAGAUAAUUAUCAUAUAUUAAAUCCGAAAAGUUCAACUGUUUCUUUUUCGAGAGACGUUUCACAACCACUUCAAAAAGAUGAACAUAAGGAUUAUCAUCAACAACAUUUAGGUACAUCAAAUGAAUAUUCGAAGGUUAAACAUAAUAAUGAUAUACAUGAUGUUAAAAUUAAUAAUAAAUCUAUGAGUCAUAAUCAUAAUAAUAUGUUCAUAUCAUCAUCAUUAACAUCUCCACUUUCUGGUAAUACAAAAAAUAUACCGAAUGAAGCAGGAAAUGAUUAUUAUUCACAAAUACUUAUAGACUCUUUAGAAAAUAAUAACAACAGCAACAAUACUAAUAAUAAUAAUACUAAUAAUAAUAAUAAUAAUAAUAAUAGUAAUAGGAGAAAAACGUAUACGUCAUCUGUUCAUUUAAAUAGAGCGUCUAAUAAUACAUUUUUACCAUCAAAUAAUAAGGUAGACGAAAAUUAUAUGAACCAAAUCAGGGAAGAAAUAAAAUUAGAAUUGACACAAGAAAUAACAAAUAAGUUAGAAAAAAAAUAUAAAGAAAAAUUAGACGAAUUAAAAAAAAAAAUGGAAGGUGGGGGAAAACUCCCAUCCUCCAACGAAUUAAUACAAAAUAAAGAUACUUCAGAAAAUUUAUUUAUGUAUCAAAAAGGAAAAAAGGAAAUGAAAAUUUCGUUUGAUAAUCUUUUUAGUAAUAUACAAAAAGAAGUAGAAGAACAAAUUAAUGAUAUAAUAAAUGAUUAUAAAAAUAAAUUUACAGAAAAUUUUAAAGAUUUUUUAAAUAAUAACAAUUAUCAGAAAGAGAAUGACCAACAAGAACAUCUUCCUAAGGAUGAAAAUGGAAAAGAGGAAGACAACAUCUUGCCAGGUGAAUUUUUUAAUGAGAAAAUUAAUGAAUGUUUAAAUCUGCUUGACAAAAUUGCCCAAGGAAAUAAAGAACAAGAUAUAAAAAAAGCCGAAGAAUCCAAAAAUGAAACAAUAAAUAUCAUUAAUGUAUUGAAUACAAUAAAUGAAGAUAUGAAUAAUAUAGAUGAUUUAAUAUAUAAUAUUAAUUCUACUAUUAAUGAAAGUAAUAUUCUAAACAAUGAAGAGAAUGAUUAUCCACAAGAAUUAAACAUCUUAAAAAAAAGGGGUUCCAAGAGUUUAGAAUCUGUAGGAUCAGAAAAUUUUGAAGAAUGGAAAAAAAACCAAGAACAACAUCCAACCAACACUAUUAAAGAACAUAAAUUAUUUUUUCAAGUUAUAGAAACGAACGAACAAGAAUAUGUAGACGAACGAUCUGUUAAUGAUGGUUUAAAAAAUGUGACUGAUAAUGUGCAUAAUAAUAAUAAUAAUAAUAAUAAUAAUAAUAAUAAUAAUAAGGAUUAUAAUAAAGAUUAUAAUAAAGAUUAUAAUAAAGAUUCGAUUUAUAAUAAUGAUCAAUUAAAUAAUCCAUUUAUAGGUGAAAAUAUACAAAAUGUGAAGGAAAAGUUUAAAAUGGAUAAUGUAGUAGAUGAUAAAAAAAACUUCGAUGAGGAAACGAAUUAUGAUGUACAUAAGAAGAAUAAUAUAAAUGAAAAUAAGGAAUUAAAAAUUGAUGAAUUGAAUAUGAACAUAUAUAUAAAUGACGAAGAUAUGAAUGUUAGGGGAUUGGACAAAGGAUAUGGUGAUGAUAACAAUAUAUGUGAUGAUAACAACAUAUUUGAUGAUAACAACAUAUGUGAUGAUAACAACAUAUGUGAUGAUAACAACAUAUGUGAUGAUAACAACAUAUGUGAUGAUAACAAAAUAGGUGAUGAUAACAACAUAUGUGAUGAUAACAAUAUAUGUGAUGAUAACAACAUAUGUGAUGAUAACAACAUAUGUGAUGAUAACAAACUAUAUGAUGAUAAUAAAAGACAUGAUGGUGAUAUAUUAAAUUAUAAUGAAGAGGAUUAUGGACCCCCUGUUGGGGUAGAUGAAAAUAAUGAGGAUGAAAAAGACAAAAAGAAAAGUAAAUGGAAAAGUUUAUUUUCAAGUAAAAAAACAAAGAAGAAAAAUUUAAGCGAUAAUUUUGGUAAUGAUACAGAAUUAUGGGCGAAAAGUGAAAAUUAUAAUAAUAAUAAUAUUAAUAAUAAUAAUAAUAAUAAUAAUAAUAAUAAUGUUAAUUUUUUUAAUAACGAUCUUAUGGAUAAUGCUAAUAUCGAUAGUGCUUAUAAUAUUAAUAAUAAUUAUAACAACGAAUAUAAAAAUAAUCUUUUUGAUAAUGAGCAUGGAACAAAUUUUUAUAAUAAUAUGAAUAAUGUAUCAACGAAUAUACAUAUUGAAAAGGGUGAAAUGAACUUAAUUAGAAACGAUAUAAAUAAUAAUGAAGAUAUAGAAAAAGAUAAACUUAAUUAUGAAUAUCCAAAUAAUGUUUUUAAACAUUGUACAGAAAAUUUAUCAACUAAUGUUCAUAAUAAAACUACCUCAUUUGAACUUGAUCAUAAUGGGAAUAAUUAUUAUAAUGAUAAUAAGAACACACAAAAUAAUAUUAAUAAUUAUAAUAAUGUUGAUUCAAAUAUAAAUACAUAUAAUAAUGGAUAUAAUAAUUCAUACAAUAAUAAUAGUCCUUUUGAUUUUGAAAAUAAUAAUGAAAAGACAGAACGAAAUUUUAUGAAUUCUUCUAUUUAUUCGUAUAAUGCAAAUAUGAAUAAUGCAGAAGGUCAUAAUGAGGUUUGUUCUUCCACAGCAAUAUACAAUAACAUAAAUAAUAUGAAUGUACAUAUGAAAAGAAAUAAUUCGGUACAUAUAAAUAACCAGAUUAUGUUUAAUGAAUAUGAGCAAAUGAAUGUGGAAAAUGCAAAUUUCAGUUCACAAAAUGGGGAAAAUAAUUCGAACUUUUAUAAUAAUAAUAAUAAUAAUAAUAGAAGUUAUACAAAUCAUACAAAUUAUACAAACAAUAUGAAUGACGAAAAAAAUAAUCAGUAUAAUUUAUUUUACAAUAUUAAUAAUGAAAAUAACAACAACAAUAAUAAUAAUAAUUAUUAUUACAAUAAUAAUUACAAUAAUAAUAAUGUCAAUAUUCAAAAUGAAUACAAUCAUAUACGUUUUGAUGAUAAUUCAUCUUCACAUAUGACCCAACACCCAUUUAGUAAAACCUCAAAUAUUAUGAGAAUAAAUACAACGGCAUUAAAUACAAGUAAAAAUUAUACAACCGAUUUAUAUCAAACAAAUAAAAGUAGAUUAUCAACAAAAAGUGAAAUACACUAUAAUUCAUUGAAAUCUCAAAAAAAGAAAAACCUGGAAGACCUUUUUUCAUAA